AUGAGACUUCUCCCACGAGGGCUGGGGAAUUCCCAGCCGCGACUGAUUCUUCUUUUUCUGUUGGUGAUUGUCAUCGCAGCUCGUGUGUCUGCCCAGAAGGCGGGGGAUAAAACGACGGAGACAACAGCCGAUGCCCAGACCACCGACGAUCGCUCGACCAGUGACAGCAGCACAACCACCCCUAGCGUGACCGAAACCACUACCACAGCUAAGGAAACCACUUCAACCUCGUCCUCCGAAACUGGAAAAACAACCACCACCACCACCUCCUCCUCCUCCUCCUCCUCCUCCUCCUCCACAAAGUCGGACAAGACGACCACUACCAUGGAUACAACGACGACUUCGUCGACCUCCACCUCGGAAACCUCAACCUCAACUUCAACCACCGACACCACAACAUCAUCCGUUUCCACAACAACGGAAUCAACAUCCUCAUCAACCACCACAGGCGCCCCAAUAGUAACCGUCCCCCCGACCGCAAAUGCACCAUACAUGCAAACAACAAACACGCCAGAAGGAACAGUCUUCAUCGCCGUCGGCGCCGCCUCGGCCUAA